CUUUAAUAGAUCAAGUAGCUCAAAAAUCCAGACUAGAUCUGGAUCAGAAGUAACAGCACAAUGUCACCAAGAAUUACUUACCUUAUACACAAUAAUAUCACCACUUGCAUCUAAAUCAGUGCACAUUAUAAGUUGAGUGUUUUGAAGGUCUACGAGUAAAUACUGAGUUCAGUUGAACCCAUAGUCAAUACACUCCAUCCGUCUCAGCUUUAACUCGCCCAAAACGUCCUAUGUAUAAAGAAAAUUCUACCUUAGUCUACCCCACCAAACACAAGUAAUACACACUUUAUUCACCUUAUAACAAAUCUUGACUCAUCCUUCCCACAGUCUCUGUGUGGACUCUCUCAUACACACAACCUAAGGUGAAAUAGUUGCAGGUCUCAAUGGAAAGAACCAUGUCUGAGGCACCAAACAGCCCAAAGAAAGCCACUGAUUGUAGUAUCGCAGAGGACAACAAGAAGGCUCUUCGGUUCAUUGAAGAGGUCACAACCAACGUUGACGAGGUCCAAAAGAGAGUUCUUGCUGAAAUCCUCUCGAGGAAUGCCAAUGUUGAGUACUUGCAGCGUCAUAAUCUCAAUGGUCACACUGAUAGAGAGACAUUCAAGAAAGUCAUACCUGUCAUCACCUACGAAGAUAUUCAGCAAGAUAUCAACCGUAUAGCAAAUGGUGAUAAAUCUCCAAUCUUCAGCUCCCAACCCAUCUCUGAAUUCUUGACAAGUUCUGGGACGUCUGGAGGGGAGAGAAAACUGAUGCCAACAAUUCAGGAAGAGCUCGGGAGGAGAUUACAGCUUCACGGCUUGAUGAUGUCUGUGAUAAGUCAAUUUGUUCCAGAUUUGGAAAAGGGCAAAGGAAUGUAUUUCUUGUCCAUAAAGUCUGAAGCCAAGACUCCAGGAGGAUUACCAGCUCGCCCUGUUUUAACAAGUAUUUACAAGAGUCCUUAUUUCAGCAACAGGCGUCUUAGCCCCUACGCAAACUACACUAGUCCAGCUGAAACCAUUCUCUGUCCAGACACUUACCAAAGCAUGUAUUCCCAAAUGCUUUGUGGCCUCUGCCAAAACAAAGAAGUCCUCCGGCUCGGCUCGUACUUUGCUUCUGGCUUCAUCCGUGCCAUCCGGUUCCUAGAGAAGCACUGGUCUCUACUUUGCAACGAUAUCCGAAUGGGAACCAUUAACACCCAAAUUACAGAUCUGUCAGUGAGAGAGGCAGUGAUGAAAAUCCUCAAACCUGACCCAGAGUUGGCUGAUUUUAUUGAGGCUGAAUGCAGUAAAGAAUCAUGGAAAGGGAUCACUACUAGGUUGUGGCCUAAUACCAAGUAUGUGGAUGUUAUUGUAACCGGAAGCAUGUCGCAGUAUAUACCAACCCUUGAUUAUUACAGCAAUGGCCUCCCUCCUGUCUCUACCAUGUAUGCUUCCUCCGAAUGCCCAUUUGGAAUCAACUUGAACCCCUUUUGUAAGCCCAGUGAAGUCUCUUACACACUCAUUCCAACCAUGGGCUAUUUUGAGUUCUCACCAAUUCACAGAAGCAAUGAAGUCCCCAAUUCUAUCUCCAUGUCCGAGUCGCCUAAUGAGAAAGAACAGCAACAAUUGGUCGAUUUGGUUGAUGUCAAGAUUGGCCAGGAGUACGAGCUUGUUGUUACCACAUAUUCUGGACUCUACAGAUACAGGGUGGGUGAUGUGCUUCGGGUUGCUGGAUACAAGAACAAUACACCUCAGUUCACCUUCGUUUGUCGGGAAAAUGUAAUCUUGAGCAUUGAUUCCGACAAGACUGAUGAAGUUGAUCUACAAAAUGCAGUGGAAAAUGCAGUGUGCAAUCUGAUGCCAUUCGAUGCACAUGUAACCGAGUACACCAGCUACGCUGAUACUGCAACCAUUCCUGGCCACUACGUCCUAUUCUGGGAGCUCAGUAUGAAUGUCCCUACACCAAUUCCUCCUUCAGUCUUUGAAGAUUGUUGCCUCACAAUUGAAGAAUCUUUAGACAGCGUCUACCGCCAGGGGCGUGCAUCUGACAAAUCCAUCGGGCCUCUGGAAAUCAGGAUAGUGGAAAUUGGGACUUUCAACAAGCUCAUGGACUACUGCGUUAGCUUAGGCGCUUCCAUAGACCAAUACAAGACACCUCGGUGCGUGAAAUUUGCACCCCUUGUUGAGCUAUUGAAUUCGAGGGUCGUGUCCAGCCACUUCAGUCAAACAUGUCCAAAUUGGGUUCCUGGCCACAGGCAAUGGAACAACAUGAAUUGAAUGGCUAGCUUCAAUUCCUUCUAGUGGUAGCUUCAUUCCCAAUGCAGAAAAGAACAACUAUCUUUGUGGAUUAUUUUAGCAAAAUAAUAAAAUCAUCCUAGCUAAGUUAACUCCUCCCCCAUUAUCCCCGUGAGCAGGCAGCGUCUCACCAAGAAAGUUUCUUGAAGAGGCGUGCUGGUUCCUAUCGAUACAUGUUCUUUAUUUACAGAUUCUGUAUAAAGUAGAUUGAUCUACUAAUUCUGCCAUGUGGCCCUGUGGAAUAAAAGGGAGAGAUAGAUAACAGACUGUUGACCAACUGAAAAGAAUUUACACCAUUAACAAAAAUUAUUUCAAAUGAGUACAAAUGGGAAAUAAACUAGUAAAUGUACUAUGAAUUUAUAUUCAUGGACGCUCUAUUAAGACCUUUCAUAUGGCAAGCUGAAAACAAAAAUACACUUCACUUAUUCGGCUUUAGCAAAACUAGAGAUUCAUAAGCUCUUCAACUGUAGGACGAUACAUGAAGCAAAAAAAAAAAAAAAAAAAAAAAAAAAAAAAAAA